UUCACAACUCCCUUUAGAGCAGCUCCACAAUCCCGUUGAUCUCUCCCUCGUCCUCCUUCAACUCCCCGUGUCUCCCCCUCCUCUCCUUCUUUCUUUCCUCUUCACGAUCUUCGUCGUCGUUGCCGUUGCCGUUGCCGUUGCCGUCCCGUCGUUUCUCUGUCGGUUCAGAGAGUCCAUUCCUUUUUUGGCUUUGUGCCCCUUACCUCUCAUUCACUCAUUAUUUGGUUUCAGCUUUUUACUCUCUCUUUUUUGGGGGGUUGAUUCCGUCCGGUCCUUUUUUUCAUCUGGAGUUCUUCGAAGGCUUUCGAAGUUCUCGAGAUCCUUCAUUCUCCCUUACCCGAGCCAUUCAUUGAUUAUUCAUCUGGACCGACGAAAUCUCUUGACGCCCGACAUUAAACAACGAACAAUACUCAUAUCGUCGAAUCAUCAGUUGUUGCCAAUAUGUCUACUUUCAGCAACCUUAUUGCCCGUGGUAAUGCAAUUCUUUCUAGGCGGGACCUUGAGAUGGGAGACGAGCCGGAUAAGGUUAUCGACCUUAUGAUCGGUUUCCUUGGCGUCGCUUUCCUCGCUCUUGUUCUGGUCGUCUUAUUAAUCAUGAUGCGACGUGCGAAGCGCGAGCGACAGCUUCAGGACGAAACCCUACCGCAGUAUAACGAUAUCAAACAUGACGAUGGUACCACUCGUCGUUUCACCAUCCAGACCGCUGACGGCCGAUCAAGUAUUCUGGUUGUUAAUGGUCGCCCCAUGCUGAAUGAUCCGAGCUCGCCGCCUUACUCGCCUAACAACAUCCCCGAGAUCCACAUCACUUUCCCCGACGAACAGGAUGAGCAAGGCCACAACAAGGGUGGUCGUGUCGUAGUUGUCCGAGUCGGCGAAACCACGGUUGGUCUUGAGCCCGUAAAGGAGGAACAGCUGCCGGCAUAUGAGAAAGAGAGCAGCACCAGUUUUCACUCCAUCGACAUGGACCAAAUCGGCGGACUGAAAGAGAAAGAUCGAAGCCAGUUCUCCUGAGCUAUGAUUGGCCUGACCUUACCGUCAAAACCCUUACGGGGAUCAGAAACGCUACUUAAUCGCUAGUAAAACCGACUUAAUUUUUAAACAUGAUGGGGGAG